AUUGGCGAGACAGCCAUGGUAGAACUGAAAGCGCUCUCUGCGGCCACCGGAUGCCGCAUUUUGGCCAAGGCAGAGUACCUUAAUCCGGGCGGAUCGCCCAAGGAUCGUGUCGCCCGCGCUCUGAUCGAGGAUGCGCUCGCCCGCAACCCGGGUGUCCGCAGGGUAUACGAGGGUACCUCGGGCUCGACAGGCAUCUCACUCGCACGGGUUGCCGCUGCUGCCGGCUUGGAAGCGGUCAUCUUCAUGCCGUCCGAUCAGGCGGUGGAGAAGGCCCAGCUGCUGGCCACCCUUGGCGCGCGGGUCCAGCGUGUCCCGCCGGUGGCCAUCGUCGAUCCGGGCCACUACGUGCGCAGGGCGCAGACGGCAGCUGAAAAUGAUCCUGAUGGUGUUUUUGCUGACCAGUUUGAGACGCCUGUCAACUGGAAGGCUCACUACACAACAACCGGCCCCGAGAUCUGGAGGCAGACCAGCGGGAAGGUCGACGCCGUGGUCAUGGCCGCAGGCACCGGCGGCACCCUCGCUGGCGUCACGACCUAUCUCAAGGAGGUCUCGGACGAGCACGUCCAGGCGUAUCUGGUCGAUCCGCAAGGCUCGGCGCUGUACUACGCGGUGACCAAGGGCGUGUGCUACUCGCCGACUCAGGAUGAGGGCCGCCGCAAGCGCAACCAGGUCGACACCAUCGCCGAGGGCAUCGGCCUCUAUCGGCGGACCGCCAACUUUGACCAGGCGCUCGAUGCCGGCAUAGCCGGUGCCUUCAAGUGCUCGGAUCAGGAAGCGCUGGACAUGUCUCGGUUCCUGCUCCAUCGCGAGGGCCUCUUCCUCGGCUCAUCGUCGGCCGUCAACUGCGUCGGCGCCGCCAAGCUCGCCGCUCGCCUCGGUCCAGGCCACACCAUCGUCACCCUGCUGUGCGAUGACGGCUCCCGUCAUCUGACCAAGCUCUGGAACGAGGACUUUCUCACCGCCCAGGGUCUUGUCGCGUGCAUCUCACCAGACUGCUACGCCUCGGUCUAUGGUGAGGCUGGACUCGAAGAGGGCGAGGUCGAUCAGGCCGACACCAAGUACAGGCUAUGCGUCUACGCAGAGCUGGACGCAGAGGCAAAGGCGCGCAGAGCCGCCCGAUUGGCAUGA